GCCGUUGCCUUCUUGUGCAAUUCCGCUCUAAAAAAGUUCUUGCUUCCAGAACAUUCUGGUCUUUCUCUCCUGGACUCGGACUGCAUCCAGUAGAGUUUUUAGCAGGCCGAUUGGCAAACAGAAGGAGAAGUUACGUGUUGAUUUUCUGCGCUGUUUUAGAGUUGUAGUCUCCCUGUAGUUUUGGCAAUGGCAACGGAGGAAGUGAACAAAGCCAUUCGUCCUCCGUCUAUGCUGUGGAGGAUGGUUGUUUUUACAUCGCGGGCAAUUUCUGCAGCGCCACACUGGAGCUUUAAUGAGCAGUCUGAGAGAGCAAGCGCAACACACAGAUCUCCCGUCAGCCAAAGAAGAGCGCACAACUCUCAACGGCAUAGGAGGCGACCAGACGAUCUGCUGAUCUGCAGUCAGCUUAGAGGCAACUGAAGAAGCCAAAUACCCUCUCUGUGCGAGGCGUAGGAAGAGGUCGUGAAGAGACUUCGGCGGCAAAUCAGCUGAGAAAGAGAGAGGGUGGGGGGGAAAGAAGAGAGAAGACUACUCUGGUGUGGAAAGCUGACCUUCGGUGCACUCCAAAGAAGAAGGAUCGGCCAUGGAGGAGACGCUCACCUGCAGUCGAAGCCCUUUCUCUCAGGUGUUUGGGCGCCAGGGUCAGCUGAUGCAAGCCACUGUGCAGUCGCUGAACAAUCUGAAUGACCAGAUUGCAAGCUUUAUGGUGACCAGACCCAAAUCCCUGGAACAGGAGGAGAAGGCUUACUCUCCUCCGGAGAAGGAGACGCUGCAGAAGUCCAUGAACCUCAUGCGGCACCUCCUCGUCGACGCUCAGGCAAAAAUCCUGAAAAUGAUGGAUGACAACAAGCAGCUGGCCCAACGCAUCGAUGGGGCCAUUCAGUCGGCCAGCCAGGAGGUGACCAACCUGCGGUCUGAGCUGAGCGCCACCAGCCGCAGACUUGCUGAGCUGGGGGCAACGGACUCCUCCGCCAGCAUGCAGGAGACGGUGCAGCACAACCACAACAAUCCGUCGCCUCAACAAAAGCAGAAACCCCCAACCACGGACCUCUGCUACAAGACUGAAAUCAGCAGUCUCAUGGACUUCAACUCUCCUGAUGCCUCAUUGGACAAAGUUCUGCUGCGCGAAGAGGUGGCCCAGCUCCAGGAGGAGGUGCACCUGCUGCGGCAGAUGAAGGACAUGUUGAGCAAGGACCUGGAGGAGACCCAGGGAGGCUGCUCGGCUGACGUCCUGUCCGCCACAGAGCUCCGAGUGCAGCUGGCCCAGAAGGAGGAGGAGCUGGAUCGGGCCAAGGAGGCUUUACAAGCCAUGAAGUCGGACCGCAAACGUCUCAAGGCGGAGAAGGCCGACCUGGUGAACCAGAUGCAGCAGCUUUACGCCACACUAGAGAGCCGGGAGGAGCAGCUUCGGGACUUCAUACGCAACUACGAGCAGCACAGGAAAGAGAGCGAGGAUGCAGUAAAGGCUCUGGCCAAGGAGAAAGACCUCCUGGAGAGGGAGAAGUGGGAUCUGAGACGGCAGACCAAGGAGGCCACGGAGCACACAGGGAUGCUGCGCUCCCAGCUCGACCUCAAGGAGAACCGCAUCAAGGAGCUGGAGGCUGAACUCGCCAUGAUGAGUAACUGUGUCAAUCAGAGAAUGGAGUUCCGGGUGUUUGAGCGGCUUGUGGACAGGGACUACUCUCCUAGGGUCACGGCGGCCAAACAGUCACUAGCCACGCUGACAAAGGAUGUGCCCAAGCGUCACUCAUUGGCCAUGCCCACCGAGGCGGUCGUCAAUGGCAACAACCAGGAGUGGGUGAUGCAGGCGGAUCUUCCCCUGACUGCUGCCAUCAGGCAAAGUCAGCAGACCCUCUACGUCCACACAGGCCAUCCCACUGACAGACAAGUGGCUGCGGUGCGAGUGAGCCCCAUCCACUCGCGUCAGCCCUCCAUCAUCUCUGACGCCUCUGCAGUGGAGGGAGAUCGGUCGUCUACACCCAGCGACAUAAACUCGCCACGUCACCGGACUCACUCCCUCUGCAAUUCCCUAGAAGAUCUGGAGGAGGCGAAGCGUAAGAAGAAGAAAGAGAAGAUGGGGCUGGGCUCGCUGUCGCGUGUCUUUGCCCGGGGAAAGCAACGCAAGUCUCUGGACCCCGGUUUGUUUGAUGGUACUUCCACACCCGAUUAUUACAUAGAAGAGGAUGCAGACUGGUAAAAGCACAGCUCUCUGAGUGAACCCACCUGUGGACCACAAUGCUUUUAAUGUGAGAGAGGAUGGAUGUUGGAGUGUAUAGAUAUAAUAUAAUACAUGCACCUGUUUAGCCCCACCAGAAGGGGAAUAAUUGUACGUGUGUGUGUGUGCGUGCGUGUCGGCGUGUGCACGUGUGGUUAGGCCAACGGUCAGAGGCCGAGUCAGGAGCCAGAGGCGCAUCUUACUUCGCCGAAGUGUAACUCUUAUUGAACACAUUGCACCUGUAUGUGUGUACACGUCUGUAAAUAGAAACACAGCAACAAUGUUGACUUGCUCUGUUGAAGCUGUUUUACUGGAUCUUUUUCUUGACUUUUUGUUUUCAUAAAGCUGGAAACUUGAAGGACUGCUGUAUCUGUAAAUAACAACGGUUGCUGUGUACUCUGUGCUUGCAAAUGUCUCCAUGUUCCGAUUAACUUUUGUUCAUUUUGACACAAAUUCCCCUCACAACUCAAAGCCCCUUUAUUGUUUUUGUAUUGUUUUUUUUUUGUUUUUUGUCCUGCCUGGUCCUCCCCUCCCUUUUCACACAGCCAUGAUGAGAACAGUUUCCUGUAGGCAACAUGCAGACUCCUCAGUUCCAACAACAAUUCGAUUAUCAUUUAUUGCAUUUCUCAGAAAACAAAAACUGAACAGGGGCUCUAACUGGUUGCAAUGAAGCCGCUGAGCACGGGGUCAGCUUCCUACGCUGACCCAUUUGUUCCACAGCAUAAUGAAGCCAAACAGGAAAUGCAAAAAAAACAAACAAACAAACAUGAUUUCUAUCUGCUAAGAUAGAACGUACAGUGCCUUGUCAACGUAUUCAUACCCCUUGAUUUUUUUUCUUUUCUCCACAUUUUUUCAAAAAUAACUAAUUAUUUAAUUCCAUCCAAUUGAUGCUAUGGUUGUAUAUCUGUUCUAUAUCUUUAGCAGUUAUUUACUCCUGGAUUGCUCCAUCCAUGUUUCUAUCAACUCUAACCAGCUUCCCACAAAUCAUGAUACUGCCACCAGUGUGUUUUACCAUGGGAUUGGGCCAAAACGUAACAUUCUGUUUCCACCUGAGCAGAGAUCAUGCUGUAUGAGCCUAACUGAGAGCUCGCAAAAUAGAAUCGAGGGCAGAUCGAGUUGAUGUAAAAUUGGCUUAUUACCUCUUUGGCUUAUUACUGCUUUUUCACAAUGUCUUUCUUCUUGUCCGUCUUUCUUUGAGGUCAGAUUUGUUAAGUGAACAGCUAAGAGUUUUCUGUUUUUGUCCCAUCUGAGAUGUGGAUCUCUGCAGCUCCUUCUAAUUUUUAAGUAGGCAUCUUGGCUGCUUCUCUCAUAAGCCAGAAUGCAUUGAUAAAACUCCUUAACAAACUAAUAUCAAGGAUAUUACCAAAAAGCUGUCGCUGCAUUUAAUAAGUACUUCUUAAAGUUAAAUAAUAUUGAACAUCUUUUCAUGUUGUUCAGUCUCUCUGGGAUUUCACAAUUGGUUUUGUGAUUCUUUUUGCCAUCAAAAUCACUGAUUAUGUGGAGAUAACGAGGAAGUUUGUAAUAUCUGCAUUUAUGUACGAAGUAAAUUAUGACUUUGCUUAUCAUCACAUCGAUCACGGGCUAACUAAUAAUUUGACAUCACAUGAGGCUGAGGCAACAGUGUUGUAAAAGUAAGCAAUACUGCCCCUUACAGGAGAAAGUUGCCAAUAUUUUCCACAAUUUAUGGCUGAAAUUCUGAAACAAACUAACAGUUAUGCACUAGAAUGACAAAAAUACGGGGAUCCACUGAUUUUGCGUGAAUUUCUGUGAUUGCUAAAAACCAGAGGGACUGAUUGAUGUAAGUUAGCGUCUGGAGUCUAGAGGGCCACAUGCAAAGCUAUGGUGGGCCAGAUUUGUCCGCCGAGCACUGAGUUUGACACAUGAGAUUUAGUGGGUAUUAAUGGCUUGUUUAACAUUGCUUUGUGAUAAGCUAAAAUUUUAAAAGGUAUUUUUUUCUAAUCUGAUUCAGAUUUAAUCUGCAGCACAGCUUUAAUCUUGAUGCACCUGCAGUGACCCUUGAUCUUUAUGGUGUUGCUAAAUAGUUUCUACAUCAUUCAGAUUUUUUUUUAUUUUUUUUAUUUUGUAGAUCAACAAUGAAUGCCUCCACGGUUAUGGGUUGCUCUGUGUCAGUCCAUCGCAUAAAAUCCAUUGACAUUUUGUGGCAGUGAUGUGACGAAAAUAUCCAAAUGUUCGAGGGAUACUUAUGCAAGACACUGCACACACCUGAACAUGUAACAUGCAUGCAAAUAGCCUCAGACCCCCAAAGCAUGCUGAGAGGGUUGUGUUGCAUAUGUUGUCAAGAAGGCACUUUAAAAAAAAAAAAAGAGAGGUCAGUUACUGAUUUCAUGAUGUUUGUUCAUGAUUUUGUCAGAUUCAAAUGUAUCCUUUUUGAUUUUUAAACUUGACCCUUUAAUUUUGUUUGAUUACUCUGCUAGGGUUUAGCAAUUUAGCCUUAGUCUGCAUCUCCAAGGCAACAUUUUCAUGUGGAAGUCAAUUUGGAAAUUUCAAGAUCAGCAAAGUUGUCAAGAAACCAACACUAUAUUUAAUCAUUCAUAGUCUUUCUCCCAUUUUCUUGAUCUCGCAGUUGCUCACAGCUAUCAUUAUGCUAAUACUCCGAAAAGCUGCUGGGGUUGGAUUAUAAUGGAGGAGCCUGUCUAAAAUUAGAAGCUAGAUAUAAAACUGAUGGUCAAGACUUUUGCAGACCGCUGGAAGCAAAGUUGUUUUUAAUUAAUAACUGGAACCACAAUUAAAAGAAGUGCACAUUAAACAAAAGACUCGAACACUGAUGAGUGCCAACUCGGGAGGUUAGAAAUUAGGUCUUAAGCAUACUAAUCAAGUAAAAGCAUUGCUUUCCAGGUGACCCCCUGAGCUCACAAAACAUUCUUCCGUUUAAGCUACUACUGGAAAAAAAAAAAAGCAAUUAGCUCUGUGUUAAAGGUUAAUAACAUUUCUUCAAGCCAAAGAAUGUCCAGAGACACAGGAUUCUUUUCAUCCUGGAUCAAAUUGGAGUCUGCACUGCCCCCACUGGAAAUCUCUUCUCUCCCUGACAUUAAAUUAUCACUGGAUGUUCAUUAGCUGUGCCAGAGAGCACUGGAGCUAUUUUUUAACCAGACUUUACAAGAAUAGAGGAUCUUUGGAAAAGUAUUUGCUGCCAGACCUUUUUUUUUUUAUUUUUUUUUUUUACAUGGUCACAGUUCAAUGUUUCAGAUCAUCAAACAAAUUUUAAUAUUAGACAUGAAGACCUGAGAAAAUGUAAAAUGCAUUUACAUUUUACAUGAUUUUAAUUCGUUAAGCUACCCAAAACAACCUGCCCUGGCGUGAAAAAAUUAUUCCCCUUUAAAACCGGCUACUAGUUGUUUCACUCUUGCCAGCAACAACUUCCAUCAGGUAUUUAUGAUAAUUGGUAAUGAGUCUUUUACAUCACUGUGCAGGAAUUUAGCCCACCUUUCUUUGCACCAGUAUGUAAAUCAGCCUCACUGGAGGGUUUUAAAUAGCCUACUCUAAGUCAUUACCUUUAAUGCAGAUUUAGUUCCAAACUUUGACUCAAAGGUCUUAAUUUUUUUUAAUGAUUCAGAGACGGAUUAAGCUAGUGUGCUAGAGUUGAGUUAUGUCACCUUGUGAAGCUUCGUGACUCAAGCACACUUGAGUUUUAAGACAAAAACAUAUGACUGGACAUUCUCACCUGCUUGAUUAUCUGAAACGUUUAGGCGUGACAAAAUCAGAAAAUAUUAUGUAGGAAAUUCAAAGAUAAAUCAUCACAUAUUCGGCUGCAUUUAUAGGAACAACUCAACCAAUUAAAGUGCUCAUUAUCUGAUAAUAUAUAGGAAAACACAGGCUACUUUUAUGUUUCCAUUGAACCAGUUUUUACCUGCUGACGGGGGAAACUACAUAUCAAAUACAGCAUUGUAUGAUUUCAUAUUCUGAGCCACGGUGUGUUUUUAUUCUGCCACAGAUAUUUUACUUUUUGUAAAUGAGAUAGCAUUACAGAAAUGAGAUGAAUAUUAUUGUUAUUAUUAUUGAAGAGUUUUAUUUAAAGUCAGAGAUGUAGGCCUCAGUGUGGAACUGAGAUAUUUAGAAGUAGAUAGUAGCAACUUUUUAAGGCAUGGCAACAACGUUACGCUAAAAAAAGAAAACAAAUUAAAAAAAAUAAAUAAGAUUAUUUUAAAAUAAAAUAAAUGAUAUUGAUUUCUAUGUGGCUGUCCUCUCUUUUCCUGUGUUUGUGUUGUUUAAGUGUUUUUUGUGGUUGUAUGUUGCUACUUCUGAUUUGUCCCUUUUUUCACGUGGGGGAGCUGCAGUGUGCAGCCUUCAAAUGGCCUUUUUUUCUCUGUUUCCCUCUCUGAUUUCUUCAUUCCCAGCUAAUUUUUUUGUUCCCUACAUUUCCCACAAAGCUGCAUUAGUUUUCUCAAAACAAAGGGGACAAGGGAAGAUAAGGCCAUGUCAAAUCUCAUGUGUGAGCGCAUGGUGUCAGUAAUGGUGUGUACCAUGUGUGCACUAACCUGUAACUCUGACCCCUUCCUGUCAAACUCCCAUCCUACUCUCAACACAGUGGAGCGACCCAAGAAGCAACCAGUCACAUUCAAACAGGUUGGAGGAAAGAUGAUUUCUUGUGGCUUCAACAAAGAGUUGCACUGGGUUGCAAACUGUGUUGGCAGAUACCUUCUAACUUUCAAACAACGUCACACCCUGACCUGACUUAGCACUUCUUCAAGUUGAAGUGUAGAUUUUUUUUUCUUUAUAUAUAUAGAAAAAGAUGUAAUGUGUGAAACAGAAAGUGAGUGCUGAAACAUAAACAGGCUUUUGAGAGCAAUGGUAAGUUUUAUGAUAUACAUUGCCCAGUUACUUUAUUAGCCAUAUCUUGGAAGAUUCUUUUUUUGUUUCUGUUUUAAAAAUUUUUUUUGUGACCUGUGUGAACUUGGGCUCACCAAAUAUGUCAAAUCUAACAAAAUUGGUUUAAAAAAAAAAAAAGAAAGAAAGAAAGAGAGAACGGAAAAAACAACUUGUGGUAGUUUUGGUUUAUGUCAGAUUAAUUUCCAAUUUUGCUGCUAUAAUUUUUUAAAGAUAUUAUUAAAGGCAUGAGCGGACACAGUCAGGACACAUUAUCCAGAUAAAACAAAAGUGGUGUCAACAGUGAAUAAAACACAUACAAUGUUUUAUUCACUGUUUGUUUUGGUUUGGACAACAAAAUAUUGUUUAUGCCACUAUCAUUUUACAGACUCCAAAGUAUAGCUAACAGUCAGUUUUUUCACUUUAUAUCCAUGAUGAUAUUCUCAUAUUCCACCAUCCAACCAAAGGUUCUCAAAAUCUAUUACUGAAAAACCAAGUACAAACUUAAAGGUCUCAUUUUGUUUUGCCAGUAGGACAUGCAAAACAACAAAUAUUUUCUGAUAAUAUAGGCUGUAUUCUGUUGUAGGCUUUAAACUGAUUUAGGGUGAUAAUAUCUCUCAUAUAGUUGAUUUAUUUCAGAAGGUUUUAUAUUGCACCCUAUUUCCAUCGAUAAAGGUUUUUAUCCCCAUCUGAGUCAGAUGACUCUGCUGAAAUAUGGCUGAUUAUGUUCAAACCUCAGUGUCAAACCAAGUUAACAGAAUGUGGUAGAGGUGCUUUCAAUCAAUAUAUUUUACCUGUAUUUUUCAUUUUCUUAGAUUUUGUGGCGCUAAAAGCCUUUAUUUGCCACAACUUGAGAGGAAAGCAGACCCUUUUCUCUGUCUGCUUUCCUCUCAGCAAACAUUGUGGUGCCAUGGAGUUGAAAUCUGCACGACUGUGCUGAGGAGUAAUUGCCUCUAAAUGUUUCAUGAUGUCUACCAUUUAAGCACAAGCUGCAUCCACAAUUAGAUUGUUUUUAGUAUAAACAAAUAAAAUUUAAAGUCCAGUAAAUUCCAAAUGAUCACUCCAAGAACAGGAAACCCUACAAGACUUAGGUUUUCCUAAACUAAGAUUUAGUGGGUUUUCUUUGUUAAUGUGAUUUUCAUAGAAAAAAAAACAAACAAAAAAAAAACAACUUUCAUUUUGAAAAACAGAAGUUCUUCUCAAAAAGCUGCCUUAUUCAGUUUAUUUUAAAUCACACGGUAAAGUGUACAAAGGUCCUUCCACUCCUAAAUCUUUUUUUCAGUCAACUUGGUACAAAUUAUUAGUUUUGUGUUUACCUAUUCCUGCAGAGAUACAGAAAGGAAGAAGAACCAAAAUUAUUAUUUUUUUCUCACUGAGGGCUCUUCUGUGCAAAGCUUGGAGCAAAAUCUCAAAAGUUGUGACUAUGAGAGAGGACA